AUGGCCACAACCACCAAAGCCGUAGUCGACGGCAACUCGUCCAAGACCCGGAUACGAUCCCCCCCGCCGGAAGAGAACGGUACACAGAGUAGCCGUUCAUCUAUGGCACGGUCGCCCAACAACGGCCGGCGCAACUCCGGGUCGCCCGCCGACCUGUCGCAGCCGCUCAGCCCUACCUCCGUGACUGCCGAGACCGCUUUGACCCAUGGUACCACGACCAGUUCGCAAGCAGAUGUGGACGUACAGUCGGAUGUUGGGUCAAGCGUUGUUCAGGGUCUGAGCGGCCAAGUCUGCAGCAACUGCGGUAUCACGCGGACACCGCUCUGGCGCCGUUCGCCGCAGGGCGCAAUCAUUUGCAAUGCCUGCGGCCUAUAUCAAAAGGCUCGGAACACUGCUCGGCCGAGUUAUCUAAAACGUCCCCCCACCACCGGCCCCUCAGCCGGAGGCAACGGCGGUUCUCGCGGACGGAAGAACGCCGAUGCUGUCCCCAUUUCGCCACAGAGUGUCUCCCAACUGCAGUCUGCGACACCUGGCGCGACCUAUGUUGCUGCCGACCAGUUAAGUUCGGGCACCUGCCCCGGUGGUGGCCACUGCAACGGCACAGGCGGCGCCGAGGGUUGCAGUGGCUGUCCCGCCUAUAACAACCGUAUGUCGAAGAUCGCCAACAUUACCGUUGUGCCUGUCGACGGCUCUAAAUCUGUGCCACCGGAGCACACCGGUUGUGGCUCCGGGAAGGCGGCAGCAACUGGAGACGCGUGUGACCGGGCCGGAUCGCUUGACCCUGCGGCACCCAUCGACAUGACGAAUCUGCAGAGCCAAGUGUCUACCGUCAUCAUCGCUUGCCAAAACUGCAGCACAACCAUCACGCCGCUGUGGAGGCGAGAUGAGAAUGGCCGCACGAUCUGCAAUGCUUGUGGCCUUUACUAUAAACUCCACGGCGUCCACCGUCCUACCUUUAUGAAGAAAUCGGUCAUCAAACGGCGAAAGCGUGUCAUUCCGACCGCCCAAGACCCGCAUGGUGAGGAUUAUUCCUCGUCGGGCGAGCAGGGUGCGACGCCUCCGCCGGGCGCGCCGGCCUCUCUCGCAGCUCGGUCGGAUUCACAGCUUGGCGAAGACGUUGAUGUGGAGCGCGGCACAGUCAAUUCGGACGGAUCUGUCAAUCUAGGUCUUCGGAGACGGGCCGACCAUGCCCUGUCACUUGUCCCUGAGCCUGUUCUCCGCCAGAACCAACAGCAACAGCAGCAACAGCAGCAACAGCAACCGUCACCGAGACUCGGCGGUGCGCAUGACCUGAAUCAAUACCACUCGUCGUCGUCGCACCAGCAACACGCACACCACCCGAAUCCAGCCGGCCAGCGCAUAGACAUGACCGGCUCCCUAAACGAUGACAACCGCUUACCACCGCUGACAAGCCUCACGAGCAUGGGUCCAAUCGAGCGCCAGCCAUCUCUGUCGCCCGCAUCGUUUAUUUCGCCCUCCCGCAAGCGGUCUUUCUCAUCGAGCGAGAACGACUACGGUGGACCGGCCCUGCCCUCGUCGCACAACGACAAUUCGCUGUACGGCAGCAGCAGCAACAACAAUAGCAACGGCAGCAACGGCGAGGCCUCUAGCAAGCGCAUGUCCUCCAUCAAGUCGAUCCUCAAUGCACCGGCCUACGACAAUGACGACAACUCGCUCGGCAGCAUGGCCGGCCCAUACCCAGGCAUUGGUGGCGGCAUGACGUCGCACCCCUCGAGCAGCAGUGAACCGCGUCGCAGCGACAGCCAGGACGCGCGCCUUGAGAAGCGGGCUGCCCUCCAGCGGGAGGCCGAGCGUAUGCGGCAGUUGCUUGCCGAUAAAGAACGGGAGCUCGCUGAGCUCGAUUAG